AUGCCCAGCAAACAGCCCGUGACCCCGUCCUUCUGGCCGCGCGAAUUCCACGCUGCCCCGACGAAACGCCAACAACAAUCCUGCGCCGAGACCUGCGGCGGCGUGUGCUACUUCCAGAAGACCAUCGACGCCGCCGUGGCCAAGGGCUUCUCGCUCCACCAGGCCGGCCAGACCGAGGGCUCCGACGACUACCCGCACCAGUACAACAACUUUGAAGGCUUCGACUUUUCUGUCAGCGCGCCGUACUUUGAGUUCCCCAUCCUCGACACGUUCAAGGUGUACAACGGCGGGUCGCCGGGGCCGGAUCGUGUCAUUUUUAAUGACGAUGGUGACUAUGCGGGUGUCAUUACGCAUACGGGCGCCAGUGGUGACGAUUUUGUCGCGUGUGAGGGGGAUCUGCCCUAG